AUGUCCGAUUCUUCAGAUGGCGGCUAUAUCGCCGACCGGGGUACUCAAUUGAUGAUAGAAAUAUGGGUCUUAACAUCUUUGGCAGUCAUCACGGUCAUUUUGAGAUUCUCUAGUCGUGGAAUGAGAGGGAAAUUUGGCUGGGAUGAUUUUCUCAUCUUCUUCUCUUUGCUAUGCUUCCUGGGAUGCUCCAUCUGUCUUACCUUUCUCUGUGUGAAUCAUGGUGAGCGACACCUUGAUGAUCUACAACGAGUAGAUGGCACGCGCGGUGUGGACAAGAUCAAGUUGUAUGCGUGGAUUGGCUCGGCCUUCGGAACUAUAGGCCUUGUAGCGGGAAAGGUUUCCAUCGCAACUCUUCUACUUUCAAUACUCGGCCAUACAAACUGGCUUCUUUACAAGGCCUUUCUUUGGGUAUUUUGCAUUGGCCUGGCUGUCCCUGUCAGUACCGCAUAUGCUAUCUUCGGGCUUGUUCAAUGUUCGCCGCCUGCUGCGCUAUGGGAUAGUAGCGUUAAAGGAACGUGCGUCCAACAGAAAGUGGUUGCAGACUACGGAGCUUUCACGGGUUGUAGGUCACCUCGGGCCUAA